CAAAACUGCUCCAUCCUACCAUAACCCCAUCAUAUAAUAAGACCGACACAAUGCAUAUCUCUUCUUUAGUACUCUUCUCUGGCGUUGCUGCCGCAGCGACAAAUCUCAUGGCAGGAUCUUAUACCCCUGAAGAGGUAUUACAGAAGCUGCAAAAUAGACAGGUUCGAUUUUGCAAGCAGAUCAGGCCGCCAUACACCUGCGAGAGAUCUUGCGGUGAGGGCUACACCGAGUGUGGCGCCUUUCCUCAUUGCUAUAACCCGGGCCGAGGUGACUCUUGUUGCCGGAACGGAAAAUAUUGCCCUUUUGGAUAUUACUGCACGGAUGCUGGCUGUUGUCCAUCACACCGGUCUCUAGAAGAAUGCGGUGCCACCGAAAUUCUCACAGGUAGCCCCCCAACACCUACUACUACUUCCCGCCCUGGCGACGACGACGACGAUGACGAUGACGAUGAUGACGAUGAUGAUGACUACUCUACCACGAGCAGCUCUCAAUUCACCCUCAACCUUCCCACAGUCACUCCCAUUGCCACGGCCACUCCCAGUACCACUCGAGAUACCUUCCCAUCUGUUCCGACCAACGACGACGACGACGACGACGAUGAUGAUGACGACGAUGAUGAUUUCGAGCUCACCCGACUACCCGACAACCCUCUACCAACGCCAGCAGAAGGGUCACCAAACGGUGCUGGUAAGUUGGAGGGCGGUGCUAUGAUGGGUGCACUUGGAAUGCUAGCGAUGCUCUUGUAAAUGUUAUCCUGGAGUUACACAUUUUAAUAUUGGCUUCUUGAUGUAUGGUGACAUCGAUUGGA